GACUCAGUCGAUCAGUGACCCGGCCGGCUGGUGGAGGGGGGCGGCAGUGGUUCCGGCGCCGGUCAGGGGGUGGCAGUGACUUCCGGCGCCACCGCUGCGGCUGCUGCUGCUGCUGCUGCUGCCGCUGUCUGACUGCCGCUGUUGCUAUUGUCUGCUGCUCUCUGCUGCUGGUACUGCUUUCGUCUGCUGAUCUUGCUGCCGCUGCAUUACUGCUGUCUGCUGCUGCUGCUGCUGCUGCUACUGCUGCUGCUGCUGUUUCUGUCUGCAAUCGAGUGAAUUUACACCGUCAGAUUUACCCCCGACAUUGUCCUCAUCUUAGACUUCAUUCCAUUUCUGAUUAUUUGCCCUUGACGUUACUUUUACUGCAGAUUGUGUCCCGGCCCUGUGACAGCUCUAUCCAUUGUCUCCCGCAAUGGAGGUCCCUGACGUGGUGAGCACGUCACCUUCUUCGUUCAGCAGUCUGGCCACCGCCUGGGGCCUGCUGCGCUGCAUCCUGUCCUCGUGCUCGUCCGGGGAGCCCCGCAGAGCGCCGCCGCCGCCCGAGGCCGAGAUGUGGGCCGAGCUGAGGUUCUCGCGGUUCCUCGCCGGCGACUCUGAGGACGGAGACGUCAACAACGAGACGCCGCCGGACUGGCUGGACGCCAAGAAGCUGGCGCGUGCCCGCGAGCUGCACCUGCAGUACUGGCCGCUGAUGAACAACGCCCAGGUGAUGUCGCUCUUCCUGUCGUUCACCUUCUUUGAGAACACCAAGCCGCUGCUGUAUACGGGACGGUCGGACACAGCGCCGCGCGCCCGGCGCCGCUACCUGGAGACGGCCCUGCACGUGCACACCUGGGCGCUGGGCGACAUCUGGAAGCCCGGCGACCCGGCGUACCGCAGCGCCGACAUAGUGCGCGGCAUGCACCGGGCCGUGGGCUCGCUGCUCAGCGCCCGCGACCUGUCGCGGAUCGCCCACCCGGGCCAGCUACCGCCCAAGGUGCGUACCUGCGGACUGGCGCCCGCUCCAGAGGAGGGCAGCGGCGGCGGCGAGGCUGCGGAGGAGUCCCCAGUGGAGGCUGAGGAGGAGGAGGUCAGGGCCUCCGAGCGCGGCGGUUUCUGUCCGGGUCCGGUGAUCUCGCAGCGCGGGAUGGCCGCCACGCAGUGGUUCUUCGUGGGCCUGAUCGUGCUCCACCCGGACAAGUUCGGGCUCGGCCAUCUGAGCGAUGACGACCUGGAGAGUUUCGUGCACCUGUGGCGCAGCAUCGGACACCGGCUCGGGGUGGCCGAGCGGCACAACCUGUGCGCCGGCUCUCUGGAGCAGGUGCGCGCGCUGAUGCGGCUGGUGGAGCGGCAGUACCUGGUGCCGCAGCUGGAGCGGCCGCAGGACGACUGGGAGGCCAUGAGUCUGGCGCUGUACGACGGCCUCGGGGAGGUGUUCUCCAUGUGCCGCUACAGCGUGUGGCGCUACUAUCUGCUGCACGAUGUGCUGGAGGUGGAGACCGCCGACGCGUACCGGUCGCUGGGCUGGCGCGACUACUGGCGGUACCUAUUCCUCCGGGGCAUCUAUCGGCUGGCCAACCAGGAUCAGCAGGUCCACGCCAGCAUCCGCAACACGGCGAAAGACGAGUUCAAAAAGGGUGCCGAGGCGGAGAACUUUUCGAAACAGCUAAUGUAUGUGUUUGACAUAAUCUAGCUAGGUAUCUGAGAGGCUUUAUGUGCAUUUGUGCAGGCUAUGUGAAUAUUCAAGUUGUUUUGCUCUAUUAGACCUCACCGCGUUUUGAUAGUGUCAAUCUAUAAGAAAUCAAUCUCUUAUAGUGUCAAUCUGUGAUUGAAAAGCAGGGCUAACCCUCAGGCUGUCCGUGUCACGCUUGUGUCUUAAUUUGAUCAGAUGGGUGGAGGCUGCGGAUGUCUUUUCCUCUAUUAAUAACCUUUGCCAUCUUAUGCCAAGCGUUCAUCCACGUGAGCCAGUAUUUCAGCGGAAUGGUGUUCGUCUCGCUGGAAUGGUGUUUACCUCGCUCUACCUACACUCUCCUCGCUCAUCUGUUGUAAUCAGUGCUGUAUUGUUGUUAUGUUCCUCACUCGUUUCACAAACGCUGCAUGCUCGCGUUCACUUGCGAUCGCUACCUAUCGUUUGUGCUAUCAAAGGACAUCUUAUUUGUUCAAAUAAACGGUUACAUUGCGGG